GAGAGUUCAACCAUAAUAAAAUGGCGAGUCGUAGGUCUGUUUUAGUUGCUUCAAUAGAACCACUUCCUACACCAGGUGACCCAUUAAGAGAGCUUUUUGAAGCGUGCAAAACUGGGGAUAUUUCUAGAGUUAAAAAGUUGAUAUCGCCUCAAACUGUGAACGCAAGAGAUACUGCAGGAAGGAAAUCAACUCCUUUGCAUUUUGCAGCUGGUUAUGGACGUCGAGAUGUUGUAGAAUUUCUUCUGGCUGCUGGAGCAUCAAUUCAAGCCCGUGAUGAUGGGGGACUGCACCCACUUCAUAAUGCAUGCUCAUUUGGGCAUGCAGAUGUUGUGCGGUUAUUACUUGAAGCAGGUGCUAAUCCUAACACUCGUGACAACUGGAACUAUACACCCUUGCAUGAAGCAGCCAUCAAAGGGAAAGUUGAUGUCUGCAUAGCUCUCCUACAACAUGGAGCAGAUGCUAACAUUCGUAACACAGAAGGCAAAACAGCCUUAGAACUGGCUGAUUCUGCAACAAGGCCUGUGCUGACUGGAGAUUAUCGAAAAGAGGAACUGCUUGAAGCCGCCAGGUCUGGAGCUGAGGAUCGCCUACUUACCUUACUAAAUCCUCUGAAUGUUAACUGUCAUGCAAGUGAUGGCCGUCGCUCAACACCUCUGCAUCUUGCAGCCGGAUACAAUCGUAAUCGAGUGGUACAAUUACUACUGCAGCAUGGGGCAGAUGUCCAUGCAAAGGACAAAGGUGGUUUGGUUCCAUUGCACAAUGCAUGUUCAUAUGGCCAUUUUGAAGUAACAGAAAUGCUUAUUAAACAUGGAGCAAAUGUGAAUGCUAUGGAUUUAUGGCAGUUCACUCCAUUGCAUGAAGCAGCAUCAAAAUCACGUGUUGAAGUUUGCUCUCUGUUGUUGAGUGAAGGAGCAGAUCCUGCGCUGCUCAACUGCCAUUCAAAGUCUGCUAUCGAUGUGGCCCCUACCAGGGAACUCCAGGAGAGACUGGCAUAUGAAUUUAAAGGUCACUGUCUGUUGGAAGCUGCACGUCAGGCCGAUCCUGCUAAAGUAAAGAAAUACUUGGCUCCAGAUGUAGUUAACUUUAAACAUCCUUAUACAGGAGAUACUCCAUUACACUGUGCUGUAAGUUCUCCAUAUCCAAAGUGGAAGCAGGUUGUGGAAACUCUUGUACGCAAAGGUGCACAUCUAAAUGAGAAGAACAAGGAAUUCCUUACACCACUACAUGUAGCUGCUGAUAACUCUCAUUAUGAUGUCAUGGAUGCCUUGCUGCGUCACGGGGCAAAGGUUAAUGCCCUUGAUGGCUUAGGGCAGACAGCUCUUCAUCGGUGUGCUCGCGAGGACAACCUUCAGGCUUGCAGGAUAUUGUUAUCCUAUAGCGUGGAUUCCAGUAUUGUCUCUCUACAAGGAUACACAGCUGCACAAGUAGCCACAGAAAACGUCCUAAAAAUACUUCAAGAUCCUCCAUCAGGCAGUGCAGAUGUGGAAUGUCAGCUGCUGGAGGCUGCAAAGGCAGGGGACUCUGAGCAGGUGCAACGGCUUCUCACGUCAUAUCCCCAAAUUGUCAAUUGUAGAGAUCUUGAUGGAAGGCAUUCGACACCCCUUCACUUUGCUGCUGGCUACAACAGAGUUGCAGUUGUUGAAUUCUUGCUUGCUCAUGGUGCAGAUGUCCAUGCUAAAGAUAAAGGUGGUCUGGUUCCCCUGCACAAUGCUUGUUCCUAUGGACACUAUGAAGUUACGGAACUCCUUGUUAAACAUGGGGCAAGUGUCAAUGUGGCUGAUCUGUGGAAAUUCACUCCCCUUCAUGAGGCUGCUGCCAAAGGAAAAUAUGAAAUCGUUAGGCUCUUACUGAAGCAUGGUGCAGACUCUAGUAAAAAGAACCGUGAUGGUGCAACUCCUUUAGACUUGGUACGUGAUGGGGAUCAGGAUGUAGCAGACUUGCUGCGUGGCAAUGCUGCUUUGUUGGAUGCUGCAAAGAAAGGAAACCUUGCUCGUGUUCAGAGGCUUGUGACAUCUGAAAAUAUUAACUGCCGAGAUGCUCAGGGACGCAACUCCACACCUCUCCAUUUAGCUGCUGGUUACAACAACCUUGAGGUAGCAGAGUUUCUCUUGGAUCACGGUGCUGAUGUGAAUGCUCAAGAUAAAGGCGGUCUAAUUCCACUCCACAAUGCGUCUUCAUAUGGUCACCUGGAUAUAGCUGCAUUGUUAAUCAAGUUUAACACAGUGGUAAAUGCUACUGAUAAAUGGGGCUUUACGCCAUUGCAUGAAGCUGCUCAAAAGGGACGGACUCAGCUUUGUGCAUUAUUGCUUGCCCAUGGUGCAGAUCCAUUUUUAAAAAAUCAAGAGGGUCAGUCACCUGUGGACCUGGCAUCGGCAGAGGAUGUACGUUGCUUGCUUCAAGAUGCAAUGGCUUCUCAGCAAAAUGUUCCCACAGCACCGGCAUCUGCUCCUCCAUCACGGCCUCCGUCUAUCGCUGUGGUUUCCCCUACACCUGCAUUGGCUGCAGCCCUUUCCCCACCUGUGGCAACAGAGACAGUUAUAAUGCCUUCUGGAGCAUCAAUGACACUAUGCAUUCCAGUAUCUCGUGGUUGUCUUUCACCCAUGCCUGCCGCAGAGGGAUGUGCAGCAGAACCUGUAAAACCAGAAGGUGGUGUUCAAGACAUGGGCAGUGUGGCAACAGUUGCAGGAUUCUUGGCGAGUCUUGGCUUGGAUCAUCUGCUCGAUUUGUUUGAACGUGAACAGAUCACACUGGAUAUUCUCGCAGAAAUGGGGCAUGAGGACCUGAAGCAAGUAGGAGUUAGUGCAUAUGGCUACCGACAUAAGCUGAUCAAAGGCAUUGACAAGUUAUGCUCCAGUACAGGCACAUUAUGGAUGCCUCCUUCAAACCCUGGUACGCUGUUGGUUGACCUACUGGGUGAAGACAAGGAGUGCAUGGCUGUAGAAGAAGAGAUGCAGUCCACGAUAAGGGAACAUCGUGAUAAUGGGCACUCUGGUGGUAUCUUCUGCCGCUAUAACAUUGUCAGGAUCCAGAAGGUUCAGAAUCGUAAAUUAUGGGAACGAUAUUCCCACCGAAGACAUGAAGUUUCUGAGGAAAACAACAAUCAGGCCAAUGAAAGAAUGUUGUUCCAUGGUUCUCCUUUUAUUAAUGCCAUUGUACAAAAAGGUUUUGAUGAGAGACAUGCUUACAUUGGAGGUAUGUUUGGGGCAGGAAUAUACUUUGCAGAACAUUCCUCAAAAAGCAACCAGUAUGUAUAUGGAAUUGGGGGUGGAACUGGUUGUCCCAUGCACAAAGAUAGAUCUUGUUAUAUUUGCCACAGGCACUUACUGUUGUGUCGAGUGACACUGGGAAAGUCAUUCCUGCAGUUCAGUGCUAUGAAAGUAGCUCAUGCACCACCUGGACACCAUUCUGUGAUGGGACGUCCUAGUGCGGGUGGUCUUAACUUUCCAGAAUAUGUGGUAUAUCGUGGUGAACAGGCGUAUCCUGAGUACCUCAUCACAUACCAGAUUGUUAAGCCUGAAGAGACGGCAGUGAGUUCUGAUGCAGAGGCCAGAUGAUUCCCUAUCAUCAUGUCCACAUCUGGUUCCGAGAGCUUGGAAACACGCAGACACUUCUGUUGCACCCAUGUUGUCCGCAGGGUUUUGAGGUAUGUCCGCCUGUUUAUUACCAGAUCUGAAGUCGACCAAGGAUGUGGCACAGGUCUCGCCAAGAGAAAGAGGCAACGGCUAGCGUGGGGAACUGUUGCUGUCCCUUUGCCAGGUUAACAGGAUAAGAAGGUGAUGGUGAUGAUUUGACACCUUUCUGAUUCUUGUGUUUGGAAAGGUGUCUGACCUUUGUGAUAUCUACCAGGAAGCAUGGUGCUAUGUUGUUACUAACUUACACUCCUGUUUCAUGCGUAUGUUACAGCUGCUGUGAAUUAAAAUAUUAUGUAAUUUCAAAGUGAUCUUGUUCAUUCCUAAACAAUAGAUGUCCUUAUUUGAUUUUUAUGAUACAUGGCAUACAUAUAGAGAAUGUUUUACGUCAGUACUUACAGGUAUGUUUGUGUGUGUUUCCUGGCCUCUUUUGCAAUUGGUAUGUGAACAUUAAACACAUUUAUCUUUGCUAAGUUUAACCAAGUAGGAUUUGAGGUUCUCACAGUGGUGAGUAUAAAGAUGGCUGUCUCCACGGUUGUAACACUGUGUAGUCUGGUAGAUGUUUAUUGACAUUUUAUAGGUCCUUGCUGUCUCCAUCAGGGCAGUGAGUAAGCCACAUGUGUGAAAUCAGUUUAUUCUUCCUGCUUUCUAAAUAGUCUCAAUCUUUAAGCUGUAUGUACUUUGUCAGUUUACAUAAUACUACAUCAAACAUUGGUUGUAAUUCCUAAAUUUUAUGUAAUCUGUUUUCUGUGGAGGUAUUGAGAUUACAAGUUUAACACUACCAGUUCUUGCAAAAAUGCAACUGAUUUGGCAGUGCCUAGUGAUACUUUAAACAGUAAGUUGGACUUUAACCCUCUGACUGCCAUGUUUCUUCCAGAAAAUGUGAAGGCUUGUUUGAUGGAAAAUGCAGGUGCACAGAGGGAAAAUAAUGUGAAAUAUAUUUCUUGCGCCAGAAGAAUGAUUCUCUCUUCAUUUUAACAUAAUUUUUGGUCUCUUCAAAUGCAUACAAAUGAGAAAUUUUGUUUUACUGAGCCAGUUUCAAAUAAAUUAUAAUUUUAUAGCUGUUUUUAAACUUUGAAGUUUGUUUCACUUAACUUGCUUUGAAUUGACAAGUUUGAUAGAUUUUUUAAAACAAUUCGUUUUUAACUUCUAAGAAUUUUGCCAAACUCGAACCCUGACUGAACCUAUGAAAUGAAUUUUGUCUGAAUCAUGGACUGUUUAAAAUUGCUGUGACGUUAAACUUUCAGUAAUUGAUGUACUUUGAAGUUUGUUGCAAAAUACAAAGUUACUAAUUUAACAUUGUGGGCAUAAAUUGCCACAGGUCUUUCUGUUGUUUCUGCACAUUUCUGUUCAUGCCACUGUCCACAGCAAGGUCUUGUGAGCCACUGAAAUGGAACUGUCCCUCAUGUUAAUAGCAGAGUAUAUGAAGUACUCUUUCUGUAAUAUUAUUCGAUUCUUCUGGUAACAUAUUUUAAAUGUUACACCUCUGUUUUACUUUGCAGACAAAUUUGUAGUGAAAAGUUUAUUUUCUUAAUAAACAGUUCUUUUCUUGUAGGAAAAUUAUACAUAUCUAGCAUAUGUAGUAAUGAAAUGGUUUUGUAUGCACAUAUAGGCUGGGUAGACAAGAUAAACUAUCAAAUUCGAAAUUAGAAUACCCCGAUUAGUGCUCAAGAUACAUUCCUAGCAAAUAGUGUGCUAACUGAAACAACACUGUAUGGGGUCAUUAUAACAUUACAUAUAUGGAGAUGCAAUCCUGAUUAUGUUAUUUUUAACUUUAUAUAUAUAUUAUAUGGUAUAUGAAGGAUAAAGUAAAGCUCUCCUGCUAUAAGACAUGUAGGUGUUUGGGGGAGAGGAUGCAUAGCUCCUACUCUUUCUUGACCUUGGCACUAGAUGGGGUGAGUGGUCAGCAUGACGCCCUGGGAAAGGACCCUGGUACCCAUUGGAUAGGAGGCUGGGUGGAAAUAUUGAACAGUAUCAUGAAUAACAGUCUACAUCUGGGAAGAGGGGCCAGAUUGUGGGUCCUCCACAUAUUUUGGCUGCUUCUUGAUGUAGACAUCUAAGGGUGACUACUUUUUCUUGAGUUGUCUCUCAUGAAGCAAUUCUCGGUAGCAGGAAAUCAUGUUGAGAACACCUCUCUUUGCCUGGCUGCUGCGCUCCCAGUCAUGAUUAUUCUCGGUAAACUGGUCCAUGAUUUCCUUGAUCUUGGUGAUGAUGUGACUGAGGAAUUCUUUGGUGAGAUCUCUCUCUGGUGUUUUCUUGGCUCUUCUGCAUUUGAGUCUUCAGCCCCACUCUGGGUGUGAUGCUCUGCCAAUUCCUGCAGAUUGUUAAUGGUAAGACUUUCAUCAUGAGACUGCAAUAACUCCUCCAUAUCAUCUACAAUGACAUUCUCCAGUCCUGCUUCAUUGGCCAGCUUGACGAUGUCACUGACAAAUUGCUGGUGCCGCUUCAAACCCCAGGAAAUUGUUGCAUGCUUCUGGUCAUAUCUUCUUCCAGGCCCCAUUUAUGCAGUUUUUGGUUGCUUCAUCCCAGAUUCUGAUGUUAUCUGUGCCCUUUAUGAUGUGAUUGUUUUUCCAAAAUUGUCUGAUAGAUUGAUUAUCUUUGCCAUUUGCUUCUUCAUCAAGUUGUCAGAAGGUGCGAUGAAGGUAGUAGGCCUUGAAAUUCAAAAUGACUCCCUGAUCCAUUGGUUGGAGUAAGGAAAUCAUCGUCAAAACCCUUUAGAAUUAAGGAAGUUGUGUUUGGUAGAAGAUAAACCACUUCUACAGAUACGCCGGUGUGAAGGGCAGAUUGGCUAAGUGAAUGUAAACAAAUGUGGCCACUUGCGGCAGGUUGUGAUUGUUGGGACUCUUGAAUUUUGACUAGUGUAUAUUUUCUUUAUUUUUUUAUUUUCUAGUAAAAAUAGCACUCAAAGAUGUAAGAGUGGAAUAAUGAAACAGUGCUUUGUGGGGUAGUGCUAAUUGAGGUAUUAUUGUGUUUAGAAUUUUGAAUAGUUAGUAGUUGCAUUAGUUUCAGAUAACUAUGCUUUCGUACCCAGCCUAACCCCAAUUUAAUAUAACUAUAAUCACUUUCAUUUGGUACAAUUUAUGAAACUGAAUAAAAUAAGUGGUUAUAAUACCAACAUUUGGCAUGACUGAACUUAAAAAUGGCUACUGUCUUCACUGCAAGCACCAACUUUGAAAACUAAUGUUUUCUCAUUGUGGAUUUGUGUUUGGUCAUACAGUUCUCUCUUCUUUUUUUCUUACAUCCAUACAUAUUUGAACCCAAUAAAUUCUGUAUUGAUUUUUAUGAAACUUUUUUUGAUAAUAGUAUUUGUUCUUGUGCAUUGCUUAGACAAAGUGUGUAAAAUGAACGCCCUUGCAAUGGUCAGGUAGCUACUAUACUGUGUGAAGUCUCUGUUUUAGGCUCCGUGUAACUUUAUAGCCUUGUCAGUCCUUUUAGAGUGUGAUGCUACUGCAAUUAUGUGGCAGUGUGGCCUGGUUAUGUGUAUAACACUUUACCUGAACACUGGCAAAAUAUAACUGAAGUAAUGAUAAUUGUUGUCAUAUGGUUGUGAUGCUAUGUAGUCUUGCAAGUGGUUACCAUUGUUUUGGCAGAAGAUAUUGCCUUCAUCUAUAAGAUUGAAAUAAAACUAUUUUUACUCAGCAUAUUAUUCCCUCAAAGAUUCUCAUGACAUAAUCAGUUGUGUCAGUCAGAAUUUGGCUGUGAAAGAAGUCCAUUUAUGUAUUUGUCGUAACGUACAUAUUAAAUAUGCAUUCCCAAUUUGUGUUUUAAUGUCUCAGUUGUAUGAUACAGGACCUGAUGAGUGGCUAAUUUACUUGUAAAUCUCUCGGUCAUACACCUAUAAUAACAUGUUACACGUUUGAGUUUUUUAAAUUUUUUUCCCUGCCGCUCUCAUUCAGUUUAUAUAUUUCACUAGUCAUGUUUUAUACUUGAUGCAAAAUAUCUCUGAACUUGAGCUAUGUCACAGUAAGGUGAAGGUAAGAUGGAAAUGGUAAGGGGAGCAAGACAGUAUUUGCUGUCACUUCAUAGUCUUUUCCUCUCUCCUUGUACUUCAGCAUGCAUAUUUGUGAUGUCAACGAAGAUAUCUUGCGACUUAUAUAACCACCAACAAGACUAUGUGAUGUCAUAACCAAGAUGAUCAGAACUCACAGAGAAUGGAAUUUAAAACUGUGACAAUAACUUAGUCUCUUCCCCCCCCCCAGCAUUUAUACAUGUUACUUGUAUAAAUAAGGAAAACAUUUUUUGAUUCCAUUAUUUCUGUUAGUGCCCAUCAGAUAUAUAUUAAUUGUGAAAAUGUAGUACAUGUACCAACUCCUUUUCUUCUUCACAUUGCAUUUAACACUGCCAUAACCAUGAACACAUCCAUUUUUAUGUAUACAUUUUGGUUUAGGUGGUAUUUUGCUGUAGUUUUACUAGACAGACUACUUAUUUAUAAACGAACUGGAAUAUUGUAUGAAACGAUUUUAUUUUGUCUAAGGAAUGAUUAGGACAAGAGUUCUCAACCCUUUCCAGACCAUGGGAAAUAAUCGCUUCCCUUUAUCAACUCACUGGCUGCAAGGUUAUAAAUACGGGCAUUUUAUUGAAGUUCCUAUGCGGUUUAUGAAGAAAGAGUGCUAUCAAAUUAGGCAUUCUGUUGCAAAAUGGUUUACUUGUUUCCCAUUAAUUUCCUUUAACAAAAUCUUUCAUUAGUCAAAUACUUGACCCUGGUUUGCUUUAAUAAUCUUCCAGUAUCACCUUAUUGAGAUUUGCAUGCAUAUCUACACAUGUUCAUGAGUAUGUGGCAUCAUAGUCCGCAGCCUGUGGGCCAUACAUUGCAAACCCCUGGUUUAAGAAAAGAAGAUGAAUGAAGGCAUAAAAUAACAUAAAGUAGUUUGAAAUUAGAUGUAUUUACAGUUGCAAGUUUAGUUUGCGAUUGUGAUACCAUGUAAACUUGGUUACCAGCAUUUCUGAGGAAUAUGCUGCUUCCAUCAUCAGGAUUUUCUAAAGAUGUUCCUCUGGAAUAUUAAUAAUCACUUACAAGAUCAUAUGGUGUCAUAGACCACAAUCUUAUUGUGUAAAGUCAGUAUCUUUGCUUCCCUUUUUGCUGUAGUACACAACUGUGUGUGCAACUAAGACUUGUCUUCAUGAAAUUUGAGCUUCCCAUGUUGGCCAAGAUUAUCUUGUAAAUUAAAUCUUUGUGAUAAAGUGAUACUAUACAAAAUUGUGCACAUAUUGGCUACUUGUAAAUAGAUUAAUAUUGUGGAUGUAGAACAUUGUACAAUACUGUUUUAUCUCAUUUCUUUUCUUACAAAACGUGUGUUUGAAACAGUUUUAAUAGUCAUUGCAUGUUGAUUUCAAUACAAAGAAAGUAUGUUAAUAAAUAUUUACUUCUUUCCUAUUGCAUAUAGUAGAGAUCUAUCAACAUAUAAAAUUUCAGAACCUACACUGAAUGACUUGUUGACACCCUUUUAAUAUUAUUGGUAUGAGGCCACCUGGUGGGCUAGUCAUUAGCGUACUAGCCUAGUGUUCAAAAGGUCAACCCCAACUGUCUCCACUAAUAUGAAAAUAAACUCAAUAAUAAUGUUCAGACUGGCUCUGCGGCCCACCCAGCCGUCUACCUAAUGAGUACCAGUGCUUUUUCCGUGGGAGUAAAGCAUGUCUGCAUGGUGUGGUGCUUAAAUAAACAACAGAGACAACUUUACAAAAAUAUGUCAAUAUAAUGACAACCAGUCAAUUGAAGACAGCGUAGAUCCCAUAUGGAAAAUGUUGUGUAUAUCAAACAUACCUUGGGCAGUUAACAUUGUUUAACAUAAAGCUUAAUGAGGAAAUCAGAAACUACAAAAAUGUACUUAGUUUCAUAAAGCUGAUUAGUUGAUAUAAAGCCUUUUAAUAUGGGACAAAUUCCACACACAGACAUCAUAGCCUCAGUUUCCGUACAGAAUGGUAAUUGCAGAAUUCUCAAGUACUUAAAUAAUGUAUGUAUGCCUAUACAGACAAACAAAUGCAGACGUUCCUUACUUUUCUCUGGAAUAAAAAUCUUACAUCUGUCUAAAUAGAAACUGAAAUAUUUCUGUAAGAUAAAACUUUGGAUGCUGCAACUCUUGUGUAAUGUGAAUGUAGUAAAAUUAAAAAGACACCAAAAACAAGUUUGUUGUUUUGCCAUUGCAUCCAUUUCACUGACUGCUGUGAUUAUAUACUACAUUAAAUUAAUUUAUAGACUGAUUAUAUUAUCUUACUGGUUUGUGUAUUAAUGGUGUGUACAUAUUAUUUUUUUAUUUUAAGUAUCAGGUUCAGGAGUUUUAUUACAUGUGUAUGGGAAAACUUGUUGUUUAAGCAUCAUGUAAAUGAUUAUACAAUCAAUAAAUCUGCCAAGCAGUGUUCUUGUGCAAACAUG